UUAUUGUGCGUCAUUUGUUGUCACCUGACCUCAGUUUGCUUCCUCUUUCUCUUGGACUGAUUCCUCCAGCGGGAGCGGAAUCUACCACCGUCUCAUCCGGACGAUCAGAGCUCAGCCAACAGCGCAGCGCCGAGAUGUUGGCCCUCAUUCACCGGCUCCUGGACUGGUUCAGGGCGCUCUUCUGGAAGGAAGAGAUGGAGCUGACGCUGGUGGGACUGCAGUACUCCGGAAAAACCACUUUUGUCAACGUGAUUGCUUCUGGUCAGUUCAAUGAAGACAUGAUCCCUACAGUCGGCUUCAACAUGAGGAAAGUCACAAAAGGCAACGUAACAAUAAAAAUUUGGGACAUAGGGGGACAGCCGCGGUUCAGGAGCAUGUGGGAGAGAUACUGCCGGGGCGUCAAUGCCAUAGUGUAUAUGGUUGAUGCUGCAGAUUGUGAAAAGGUCGAGGCCUCAAGAAACGAGCUACACAACUUGUUAGACAAACCACAGCUGCAGGGCAUUCCUGUACUUGUCCUUGGCAACAAAAGAGAUCUCCCCAGCGCACUAGAUGAGAAACAACUAAUCGAAAAGAUGAACCUGUCUGCCAUUCAAGACAGAGAGAUCUGCUGCUACUCCAUUUCAUGCAAAGAGAAAGACAAUAUAGAUAUCACAUUGCAGUGGUUGAUCCAGCAUUCAAAGUCUCGGAGAAGUUGAGAACAGACCCUCCGUCCUAGCUGUGAGUCCAGUCCUGCCCUCGUUCCAGCUCCCAGCUCAGCCCAGCGCUCUUCUGUCCGUCCGACCGACCGGCCGGUCCUUCCUGUGACCAGUGACACAAUCCCUCUCUGUUCAGUCUCUGUCUCGUUCAUUCCUUAUUACACACUGACUGUCAGUAAAGCAUCUUCACAAGUGGGCCUCAGACUCCACUCAAAUCAUACUCGAAUCAAAUCAAGGGAUAUGCUUUGAAUCAGUUUCGGGGUUAGUCUCUUUAUCCUGUGAAAUAAGAUUGUGUUAUUGUUUGGGGUUUUUCUUUUGGUCUGAUUUUUGUUAUUAUCUUGUAUCAUUAAUUGUAGGAACGCAUUUUACCAUAAAGAGUAGUUUUAA